AUGUGUUGUAACUACUACGGCAGCUCCUGUGGCUCAGGCUCUGGCUAUGGCUGUGGAUACGGCUCUGGCUAUGGCUGUGGAUAUGGCUCUGGCUAUGGCUGUGGAUACGGCUCUGGCUAUGGCUGUGGAUAUGGCUCUGGCUAUGGCUGUGGAUACGGCUCUGGCUAUGGCUGUGGAUACGGCUCUGGCUAUGGCUGUGGAUAUGGCUCUGGGUCUGGCUGUUGUGGCUCUGGACCAUCUUGCUACAGAAGAUGCUAUUCUUGCUGCUAG